AGAAGGCUGCUGUUUACGAUGGCUAGCGCGUUAAAGCCGUUCGCUGACGAUUUGGAAGAUCAGCUUACUUGUUCCAUUUGUCAAGAAAUAUUCACAGAUCCGAAAACUCUGUCGUGUCUACACAGUUUCUGCUUAAAAUGUAUCGCUGACUGGUAUGUAAAAAGCGAAAGUCCAGUUUUGAAGCGAGUUAAUUGCCCCAUCUGCAGGGUACGAAUCGAUGUGCCAGACGGCGACGCCUCCAAGCUUCGAUCUUCAUUCCACUUGAAAUCUCUUUUACAGUUGCUCGAAGCUGCGAGAGCCAAGUCUGACCAAGAGCAAGCAGGAUUGCCGUUAUGCAUAUCAUGUGAAGAGCAUUCGAAAUUAGUCGCAUUUUGUCUGCAAUGCGAUGGAUUGAUCUGUGGCGUAUGUUUGGAUUCCCACAAAACAAUUAAGCAGCUUCGACAAGAACAUCAUGUACACCUGGUGGCCAAUUUUAAGAAAGAAAAUGUCGAUGUGAUAAGCAUUGAAGAAGCUGCUGAAGUAACGAAACAAGCCGCAAAACGAGACAUGGAAAAACUGAACCAACUAGAAGAGAAUUACAAAGAAGAAUUGGUCCAGUCAAAGACAAAUAUGGCGCGAAUUGAGAACGACGUACAUCUGGCAAAGCUAAAGGUUGGAGAUGUAGUAGAAUCGAUUAUCGAGACGGCGAGAGAACAUGAAACGGCGAUGAACGAGAAGCUCAAUGGGAUAUUAUCCGAUCGACAAAAGGCAAGUCAAGAUGAGCAGAAAGAUAUUGAAGCUGGCAUUAAUGAGUUAGCCGAAUUUUUACUUCGCUGUGAGACACUGCUGGACAAAAGUGCAGCAAGCGAAAUUGCAGUAAGUAAAGAUGACCUUGAGCUAAGUUUUCACUCAUAUUUGGAACGGCCCUCAAUUCUGCCAAGCAAACCGAUCCAACGAAACGUGACGGUGCGUUUUGUGACAAACCAGGAAGUAACACAAUCGUUACAAAAUGUUGGCAGAGUUGUUGAAAUUGUGUCAGAUCCCAUGCACUCUUCAAUUGCAUCAAUGAAGGAAGUAAGAUGUGGUUUUGUGAAUGAUUUUGUUAUUAUCACAAGGAAUUCAAGGGAUGAGCUGUGUCACACAGACAAGGGCUCCAUUGACGUAAGAAUCAAAGACCCUGAAGGAAACGAAGUCGAGAGAAGGCUAACUGAACAGAGCACUGGGAAAUACAGGGUAAGUUAUCGGGCAGAGAAAACUGUGAAGUAUGAAGUACAAGUGAAUAUUAGUGGUCAACCGAUCAGGAAUUCACCACAGAAUAUAAACACGCUUGAUAUGAACACAGAGUUUGUACACGUGAAAACGUUUGUGAGAGUUGAGGAAGAGGAAAAGGAAGAGGAAGAGGAAGAAGAAUCAUCCUUGCUAAAAGGUUUUAAGAAAAUCUCAGUCAAUGGUGUUAAUCAAGAGAUAGCAGUUCUUGAUCAAACAAACCGAUGCAUCAAAAUAUUCGAUGUUGUUGGUAACAGUUUGAGAAGUUUCAAUUGUGUGUCGCCUGAGAUGGAAGAAAGUAAGCACCUCUUUCCAACUGCAUUCGUUUGGAACGAAAACAAAAUCGUCAUCAGUCUUUAUCAUCAACAAAAUGGGAUAUGUGUUAUACAAGAAUUAGAUUUAAACGGUACUUUGCUAAACACCAUCCAUACAUCUGACGAGCCUAUUUUCCCGUUUAGCUUAUGUAUUACUGAAGAACAAAACCUUGCAGUGUGCUGUCCGCGUGAUGAUGAGCAUCAUAUCAAAGCAUGGAUAAAGUUGUUUAAUAAACAAUAUGAAUUGAUUCGUGAGUUUGAUGGCAUCGAGGAAGACGAUAAUCCUGUUUUCAUAACCUAUAAUAAUGGUAAACAUUUUGUCUCCUUUGUAAAUAAAAACUUAAUUCGUGUUUUUGAUAAGAAUGGAGCCUUCUUGUAUGAGUUUGGACAGAAAGGAGAACUGGACGGCCAGUUCGAUACUGUCGCUGGACUCACUGGUUAUGGCCCUGACAUGAUUCUUGCAUGUGAUUGUGUUAAUCACCGUGUUCAACUAUUAGCAACACGUGGAGAGUUUAUAACAUCGUUCAGUGGGUAUGACUCAGGUGUGAUGGAAGGACCUUGGGACAUAGCUGUUGGAGCUGACGGUAAAGUGUUUGUCUUACAAUAUGAUGGUAAAGUGCAUAUCUGGCGCUAGUGCGAAUAUCUCUCUUCUCAUUACCAAGCCAUUUACAAUGUAUUAUUGGUUAUUUAACACUGCAGUUAUAUAGUAGCACGCCGGCUAGACCCAGGUUGGCUAGACCCAAGAGCCCUGUCAUUCACACUGUGCAUGCUCGACCGAGAAAUUCCAAAGUUGUGACGAGAUAGAAAAUUGCUGUCGCUGAUUGGUCAAAUCAAACCGGCCGCGCGAGCAGUCAAGAGCCAAACGAGUGUAGCAUUAAUAUCUGGGAUCUAGAUUGCUAAAGGUAGAUUUUCGUUGACGUACUGCCAAUGUUUUAAAUCAGUAGAAUUAUUGGCGUACGUCAAGCAAUUAACUAAAGAAAAAGCUGUACACAAAUCAGAAGAUAGUUUAGUAUAAAUCAGCGAAAAUAGUUCGUUUGAUAUUUUUGUAGAAAUUUAGUAUUUUUCUUUGUGAAAUUAUAUCACAAAUUUAUGGCUGGAGAUUGCACCGAAGUAAUGACUAUAUGGUAGUUAAAAAAAAUAAGUUUAAAAAUUGUUUAGAUCUAAGCAUGGUGAACUAUAAAAAUAGUAUAAAACGAAAAAAAGCCGAGUCACGUCACAAAUAGCUGUCCAUUCUUGGUUCGACCCGGCAAUCAUCGUUGCAUGAGUUUUCCUAGUGGAAUAAAACUAGUCCCACAAACAGCUACACAAAAAUCGGUUUUAAAGGGUACUACGUGGUUUGGGAGCCGGACAAAUUUCUUUUAUUUCUGAUCCAUUUUCCGCUAAGAUAUUCUAGCUAAUUUGUUGAGCUUGUGGGACAUAGCAACGGUAACUAAGGGGAGCGGUACCAUGAAUGAAUAUGGAGGGCAAAAAUGUAUGGCAGCAAUGAUGGAAGAUGUUACCAAAAAAAAAAAAAAGGAUUACAUUUUAACAUAUCUUUGGGUAAAUAUUUAUAACAUGGCAAAUAUGAUUUCCUCACACGAGAAAAAGAAUAAAAACUAGAAUAGAAA